GUCGUAUUCUCAAAUUCGCUUGGAAAAUUUGAUUUGGACGUUACAACGUUGCAGUUAUCUGUGCUGUAUUGUUGGAAUGAGCGAGGAAACGAAAAGCUAUCGUAUGAGUGUUUGCGCACUGCUACGCAGCUUCCUACUGCUGAACUUACUAGGACUUUAUAUUCGUUGGUUGCAUAUCCGAAAGUGCAUCAGCAAGUGUUGUGCACGGACUGCUCCUCUCUGAAUCCGCGUGAUUUCAACGAUUCAACGCUGUUUUGGGUGAAUCAGCGAUUUGCAGUGAUCAAGAACGGAAGGCAGCAGAAUCGUGGUCGGGUAAAUUUGAUCGGCCGUUUACAGCUUUCACAGGAAACGAAUGUGCAAGCAGAGCAUGACGAAAUCAUCGCAUUACGUGUUUUGCGUGUGCAAGAGGCUCUUGUUAAGAUUAUGAAAAUUCGGAAGCGCUGUCAGAGUGCGCAACUGCAAACUGAAUUGAUUGAAUUGCUCAAGCACAUGUUCCUUCCAUCGAAGAAAUUGAUAAAAGAGCAGAACGGAAGGCAGCAGAAUCGUGGUCGGGUAAAUUUGAUCGGCCGUUUACAGCUUUCACAGGAAACGAAUGUGCAAGCAGAGCAUGACGAAAUCAUCGCAUUACGUGUUUUGCGUGUGCAAGAGGCUCUUGUUAAGGUUUGUAAUUGUUUUCAUUCUUUAAGACGUUGUGAAUGUGCCGAGGCAGAUACUUCUUAG